GGUAUUGGAAAUUGUUAUUCUGACCUGAACUAUGUAGCAAACUUCCUCAUUUGGCGUGGAGGCGGGUUUGACGGUUAAAUUAGACGGUCAAACUUGUUGACCGUUAGUCAAUGUCCACCUCACCUGCCACGUCAGCUUUGAGGACAUAAUUUUUUUUAUAUAUGUUUCUGAAUUUUGUUUUCUUGUCAUUUGCUAAAAAUGGGCCCUUUUCGUUCUUUUAAUUAAUUUUUUUGAUUUAUGAUUUUUAUUAAUUGAAAGAAAACAAAAUUCAUAAAUAAAAAUAAUAAUUUUUUAUGUCCUCAAAGCUGACAUGACAGGUGAGGUGGACAUUGACUAACGGUCAACAGGUUUGACCGUCUAAUUUGACGGUCAAACCCGCCUCCAGGCCAAAUGAGGAAGUUUGCUACAUAGUUGAGGCCAGAAUAGCAAUUUUCAAUACUACGGACUAAAGUAAAAAAUAUGUGUAUAGUUCAGACCAAACUAAGUAUUAACCCAUAAUUUUACUAUUCAUAAUUUUACUAUUUUAGCGCCUGCCUGCAAGUGCAAAUGCAUUUUCCUUUUCCCUCACACAAUUAAACAAAGGGAACAUAAGAAGAAAAAGAGGAGAACAGAAGAAGUAGCGCGUGUUUGAAAUUUGCAGCAGCUGCUUCGUCGCCAUAGUUGCUUCCUUCCAGCUCUUCUUCUUCUUCUCCAAGGUAUAUUCAGUUUACUACUCGAAUUCGAUUCCUUCUUAGCGUUUCGAUUUCAGCUUACUUGGUUCCGUUUGAGUGUUUGACGGCGUAGGUUUGGACUCUGGAGUUCUCUUAAUCUCUGUACUUCAUUUCCAUGAAUUCAACUGUUUGCUUGGCAGUGAUUACCAUCAUCAGAAACCCUAGGAUUCAGCUCCUCUGGAAAUCCGCCUGGUCACUUGAAGGCAAAUAGCUAUGUGAUUUUUUUUUUUUUUUUGGGAGGGAGGGGAAGUUACUGCUGGUUACCAGAGAAGAGACGCAAUGAAGUGUAGCUGCUUCCGUGCCGCCGCGGUUGGUCGGAAGGACGGCGCUGCCUCAACAUCCGCCGCAUGGGCUCAUCACGGCGUUGAUGGCGAUCUGCUUCGCGAUGUUAACCAUAUUGCUUAUAAUACGCUGCGAUCAGCAACGGAAGAUUUCGAUUUCAGGAAGAAGAUCGGGAGAGGAGGUUUUGGUACAGUUUACAAGGGAACCCUGAAAGAUGGAAGGGAAAUUGCCGUGAAGGCACUCUCUGUCCAUUCAAAGCAAGGGGUGAGGGAGUUCUUGAACGAGAUCAGGGCAAUGGCGAAAGUUAAGCAUCCAAACCUUGUGGAGUUGAUAGGUUGCUGUGCUCAAGGAGCUAACCGAAUGCUAGUCUACGAAUUCGUGGAAAACAAUAGUCUUGACCAUUGUUUGUUAGGUUCAAGGAAUUCAAACAUAAGGCUAGAUUGGGGGAAAAGAGCUGCCAUAUGCUUGGGGAUAGCUCGAGGUCUCGCUUAUCUCCACGAAGAGCUAGUGCCGCAUAUUGUUCACAGAGACAUCAAAGCAAGUAACAUACUUCUUGACAAAGAUCUCAACCCGAAAAUUGGGGACUUCGGGUUGGCCAAACUCUUUCCGGAUGACAUCACUCAUAUCAGCACGAGAAUUGCAGGAACCACCGGUUAUUUAGCGCCAGAAUAUGCACUUGGCGGCCAAUUAACCAAGAAGGCUGACGUCUACAGUUUCGGCAUCCUACUCCUGGAGAUAAUCAGCGGCAGAAGCAGCUCAAAGGCCAGCUGGGGUGGGACGGAGAAGCUCCUUCUAGAACAGGCAUGGCAGCUCUACGAGGAAGGCAGGCUCCUGGAGCUGGUGGACGCAGAGAUGGGGGGAUUCGACGACGAAGAAGCCGUGGUGAGACACAUGAAAGUAGCCUUCUUCUGCACACAAGCCACCGCGAACAGAAGGCCGUCGAUGAGCCAGGUCGUGGAAAUGCUGUCCACGAGCACGCGGCUCAACGACAAGCUGCUCACGGCGCCUGGGGUUUUCCAGGACUCGUCGGACGGGGUCAGCGCUGACGGGGCUUGCGUAAAUAAGAGGUCAAGUGCGCAGUCCUCUGACAACCAUAGCUCCUCCGUUCCUGUCACCAUUACUGAAGUCACCCCUAGAUGAAAGAUCAUGAGAAAUCUACAGGCAACCACUCUAGCCCUUUCUUUUCCUUCUUAGUUUGUGCAAAGAUCACAAUUCUUUCAAGAUUGAAGCCUAUUGAUAGUUGUCAGUAAAGCAUAGUGUUGUAGGAUUGUAGCCAUUAGGGUUUGCCAAUCAUCUUCCUUUUCGGGAGGCUUGUAAUGGCAAAGCGUAGAUAAUGGGGAAAGCUAUACUGGAGAUUUGGUAUUAAGAUUUGUCCAAAGUUGAAAGCGUCCACUCACUUACCCACCACCACCAACUGAUUUUUUUUUUUUCCUUCUCUCCAUUACGUGUGGACUAAGGUUGUUUGGAUGUGUGUGAUUUGCUGAGAGAUUGUGAUGAUUGGCUGUAGAAUUGUCUGAAAAAAGCCUCAUUAGGCUA